AUGACAACCGUGACAAUGAUGUUGCUGUAUUCAGGAAAACAGCUUAGCCCUCUUUUCAUAAAGUCAGCUGGAGUAAAGAAGUCCUUAAUGACGGUCCUUCCACUUCUAUCAAGUAUACGUGGCUUCGGGCAGCCAGCGGCACAAACACAUCCUCAUCUUGUAGCCGAGGGCGAGGUGACACCCGGUCUCACAAAAAAGGAAUUUCACCAGCGGCGAUGCAGUCUUGUCAGAUCAGCAUUAGAGACGUUCAAAGGCAUGAAAUCGGUUAACGAUCACUUAUUUAUUAUCCCAUCGGCUACAACUGUGUACAUGAUUAAUGAGAUCCCCUACCCCUUUAGACAGAACACAGAUUUUCUUUAUUUUUGCGGCUUUCAGGAGCCAGAUAGCUUGUUACUUAUUGAAGCCAAAACCAGCAAGUCAGUUUCUACCGGUGAGCAUGAAUCACACCUCUUUGUUCCCCGCAAGGAUGCAGCAAAAGAACUGUGGGAUGGUCCUAGGUCAGGGGCCGCUGGGGCCAUGGAGUUAACAGGUGUUGAUACUGCAUUUAACUCUGGUGAAAUAGAGAAGUACCUACAGUUUUAUAAUAGCAAGCACAAGGAUUUUGUGCUGUGGUACAACCAUAGCAAGCCGGUCCAUACAGAUUUCCAUAAUCGUAUUAUCAGUCAGCUGAUGCAUGAUCACAGACACAAGUACCUGGAGAAUGUCUCUGAGCUGUGUCAACGUCUCCGUCUUCUCAAGUCUCCGGCAGAGAUUCAGCUUAUGCAGCAGAGCGCUAAAAUUGCAUCUGAGGCAUUUGUUGAAGUUAUGAAAUUUUCAAAACCCCAGGUCAAUGAAGCGCAUCUUUGGGCUAAAAUGGACUUUGAAUGUAGGCUUCGAGGGGCCGAGUUUUUAGCAUACCCACCAGUUGUAGCAGGUGGAGCUAGAGCCAACAUAAUUCAUUACAUCACAAACAACCAGGUCAUUGCUGGUGGGGAGAUGGUUCUGAUGGAUGCUGGCUGCGAGUUUCAUGGCUAUGCUAGUGACAUCACACGCACCUGGCCUGUCUCAGGUCACUUCACAGAACCACAGAGGAAGCUGUACAAUGCCACACUACGAGUUCAAGAAGCCUGUAUACGUAUGUGCACCACAGAGUUCUCACUAGACGACAUUUACAAUCAUAUGUUAGUGCUUCUGGCCGCAGAGCUAACACAGCUGGGAAUCAUCUCCCCUGAUUGUUCAUAUGAUCAACGAUUGAAUCUGGCUCGCCAGUUCUGUCCCCACCAUGUCAGCCACUACCUGGGCAUGGAUGUCCAUGAUACCAGCAGUGUGUCCCGCAAGAUCAAACUACAGCCAAACAUGGUGGUCACUGUGGAACCUGGAAUCUACAUCCCCGAGGAUAACUACAAAGUGAGUCUGGAAUUCCGAGGUAUGGGAAUCAGAAUUGAAGACAACAUUUUGGUAACAGAGACGGAACCAGUCAACCUGUCUGCAUCUUGUCCGAAACGAGUUGAAGACAUUGAAAGUAUUAUGUCAAACAGAUGA